AUGCAUUGCUCCAGGGAAGUUGCAGUUCUGCUCAGCUUGUUGGUAAGCAUCCUGAUCGCAGCUUGUCAGGGAAAUUCGGCCGAAUCCCAUGGACAUUUCGCACGUUUCGUCAGGGCAGUCGAUCCCCAGAACAACCUGAACCUCUCCUGGAAUGGAGAAGCACUCCCCCACCCAUGUAAUCAGACGAAGAACAGCUUCGUCAGGUGCGAUUCUGACGGAGUAGUGACUGAGGUCAGGCUGGAGAAUCUCAACCUGUCAGGGAAAUUCGACGCCGAUUCUCUCUGCAAGCUUCCAGGCUUGCAGGUACUCAGCCUGGCAAGAAACUCCAUCCAUGGUUAUAUCCCGGAUUCUAUCUCUUCCUGUAGGAAUCUCAUGUACUUGAACCUGAGCAGCAAUCUGUUCAGAGGCAGGGCAGCUCUGGUUCUCAAAAACCUGAAUCAUGUCAGGAUCGUCGAUAUCUCGAGAAACAACUUCACAGGAUCCCUACCCAAAAUUAGUUUGGCAUUCGGUGAUCGAGGAACCGGGUAUUCGAUGAAACUGUCAUCAACAUCAACAUCGUCAGAGGAUUCAGGGAGCCCUGAAUCUGAACCCCAGAAAGGUUCAGCUGGAACACUUGAAAAGAUACUACCAGUGGCUCUAGGUAUUGCAGUGAUUAUAUGUGUCUAUUUCCUGGCCUACUUUGUCAGGAAGAGGGUGCUUCAAAUGUCGGAAGAGAAGAAGCUGAUCAAGAUGUUAUCGAUGUCUCCUGCGAAAACCAGUCCUCCAUCAAUGCAGUUGUGCCCUGCACAGGUGAAUCCUGAAGAAGAAAAUAACAGGUCGGAGCUGGUGUUCUUUGUGGAGGACAAGGAGAGGUUCAACUUGGGGGAGCUGCUCGAAUCGGCGGCCCACUUGCAGAGCCAGACGAUCUGCAGCAGCCUGUACAAGGUGAUACUCAACGACUGCGCCAUUUAUGCCGUGAAGAGGCUGAAAAAGCUGCAGGUCUCGUUUGACGAAUUCGGCGCGGUGAUGAGGCGGGUCGGGAAGCUGAAGCAUCCCAACAUCCUGCCUCUCAUAGCUUUCAGUUCUAACCAUGAGGAGAAGCUGCUGAUCUACAAGUAUCAGACCAAUGGAAACCUCUCCAACAUACUAGACGGCAGCAUUGAUGGAAAGAGGGAGUUCCCAUGGAAGCUAAGACUAUCCAUAGCAAGCGGCAUUGCAAAGGGCCUAAACUACAUAUACAAUCAUCAAAAUCCUGUACCACACGGGAACCUGAAGCCUUCAAACAUCCUGCUGGACGACAACGACGAGCCUCUGAUCAGCGAAUACGGGUAUGCAAAGUACAGAGACCCCAAGAUCUCGACCAUGUUCUCAUCGAACGGCUAUAGCGCCCCUGAGAAGGAGGCGUCGGAGAAGGGCGACGUGUACAGCUUCGGGAUCAUACUGCUGGAGCUCCUGACAGGAAAGACAGUGGAGAAGAGCGGAAUCGACCUACCGAAAUGGGUGAGGUCCAUGGUGAGGGAGGAAUGGACCGGCGAAGUGUUCGACAGGCGGAUAACCAACCCUGCUAGAGAUCAGUAUGGCUUCCAUCUCUUAGACAUUGCCCUGAAAUGUGUUUCAGGAAAGCCAGAGGACCGGCCGGCGAUGGCGGUGGUGGUGGAGAAGAUUGAGGAGGUGGCUAGUGCCAAUGAUGAUGUUUCGAUCUCGUCGUUGGCUUCGGCGGAUCAGUUCAGCCCCAAGGAUUGUUGUUUGCUUCAUUCGAUGAUUCCUGAGACAUGGGACACCCCUGGAUCCAAUUACUAG